AUGGCCAGCUCCUCGGACAGUGAAGAUGACGGUUUCAUGGCCGUGGAUCCAGAAGACGCUGCGGUCGAAGGGACGAUGGAACAAGACGAUGAGCCGCACACUGAGCUGGAGGUCGAGGAGACCAGGCAUAACAGAUCAAUGUUGGAGCUCCCCGAAGAGGUUUUGGAAUAUAUCCUCUCCUUCCUUUCGCCGUAUCAGGAGCACAAAACCGCUGCCCUUGUCUGCAAACAGUGGUAUCGACUAAUCAAAGGUGUGGCCCAUCAGUGUUAUCACGGCUUUAUCAAAGCGGUGCAAGAAGGAAACAUUCAGUGGGAGAGUCGCACUUACCCCUACCCCGGCACUCCCAUCACGCAACGCUUCUCGCACAAUCCUUUUGGGUCUGAGCGGUGUGUCCCCUUUGACAGAAACUUCGCUUAG